AUGAGUGAAGAACGGGUGGAAAAUUUGUUUUCCUUGGACGAUGCGUCGUGGCAAGACGCACUUAAUGAAGCGAUCGAGGCGUUGGGCGAGGACAUCGAUCUUUCCGAAGAUGAAGUCUUCGGAUUGAUCGGUUUACCGGUGCAAGAAGCAGCGGUGGACGAAGUCGUCGUCGAGCAGCCGCGAACACCUUCGCCGAGGAGGAGGAACGACGACGACGACAUCCACGAAGCGGCAACCAUUCGGAUGCCGCUGACACCUCCACCUUCAAUAUUCACGCAUCGGACAGCGCCACUCCAAUUACCGCCACCGUCUCCAUGCUCCCGAUCAUCUUCAACGGUGAAUGUGUCUGAUGACGACGACGACGACGUGGAGAUGGUCUGCGAGGUGAUUGUCUCGCGUCGACCACCACCACCACCACCAUCACGACGCGUGACAUGCGUCGACCUGGUGACGCCUCGAGGAGCACCCGUGAUGAUGAUCGACAUCACAACGCCACAACAGCCGCUCUUGGUGAACUUAGUUUCACCACCAGCGAUACAAGAGACGUCCUGCCGCCAACGAGAACAGGUCGGCGAUCACAACAACACCAUGCCAGUAUGCGGGGGCUGGGAGUGCGCACACUGCGUCGCUGGUCGCUGCAGUCGGCAGCCGCAGUGGGUGGAAUCACCACCGCAGCGCGGCAGCAGGCGGCACGUCGAUCGGAACGGGCCGGUCAGACAGGUGGUGCGAAGAUUAUUCGCAUCACGGUCGAGCAGUCCCGAAGAUUCCCCCGCUGUGCGCCAGCCUUCUCGGUCGCCGUCGCCAGCUCCGUUGAGUAGGCAGCUUUCUAGAUCGCCCGCGGAAUUAUCCACAACGGCGCUCAUGCAGAUUUUGGAAAUGUUUAAUUUACCUAAAAUAUUUUCUAAUAUUAAUGUUCUCAAAGGUAGUGAAAUCAUUUGUUCGCCAUACAAACACUCCACAAAGUUUAUAGGGCAUAGACUUAUUGCUGUUUUAACUAAUGCUUUAUCAUAA